AUGGAGUUGCCGAACUAUCCUAUUUAUUGUCAUUGGGGAGGGGAAAUUUUGCAAAGUAGCGGUGAUGUUACAUAUAAAGGAGGAGAGCGAAAAUUUGGGUUUGUCAAUUCUCAAAUGAGUUAUGAUGAGGUUUUGAGUAAGGUUUAUGAUCUUAUGAGAUGUGACUCGAGAUAUGUGGAGUUGAAGCUACUAAUGAGGUAUCCAAUGAUGUCCGGUUCAUAUGAAGCCAUUCCGUUGGAUGAUGACAAUUCUUUAAAAGCAAUGUUGAUCGCUAUGUGUCAAACACAAUCAACCACAAUGCAAUUGUUCAUCGAGCAACUUCCAAAGCAACCUGAAACUCUAUCUCACUUAGAAUCCGUUCAUGAAAUGGAUUCAUGGGCAAGUCAAUUUCCCUACUUGCCCUUGACCAAUCAAAGUGGGUUAACGGGUUCAUUCACAAGAAUGCUUACUGAUGAACAAUAUGUUAGUGAACACAUUUCAGAGCUCACUUCUCCAACUCAAACACCACAUGUAGAAGCUACAAAUGGUGAUCCAUCUAUGAUGGUUUUCGAUUCUCUAGAUCAAAUAUGUGUUGAUUUUUUUGGAGAUGAAGCGGUUGGGGUGGAUAGUGAUGUUGAUGAAGAUGAAGAUAUACAUGAUGCUAAUUACAAAGCUAUAAGAGAAAGCGCUCCAUCUCAAAAUUUCAACGAUGUAGCAGAGUUGGAUCCGAUUUUGCUUGAUUCUUGGCGAACUUGGUCCAACAACCACUCUUUUGAUGGUGAAUUUGCUAUUGGGCAAGAGUUUGAUUCGUUGGCGCAAUUGAAAGACAUAGUCAAAACUUAUUCCAUAGCUAAAAAUCAUUCAUUUAAGGUGUUGGAGAGUGAGCCCACAAAAUACGCAGUGGAGUGUAAAAGAAAGAGUUCAUGCAAUUGCUUAUGGAGGUUACGUGCAAUCAAGGAUCCUUGUCUUGCGUCAUUCAAAAUUGUGAGGUAUAAUGGCCCCCAUGCAAGUAAUUGUUUGGGUGACAUAAAAUCAAUCGAUCAUCCUCUUCUCUCCCUUGAUUUUGUAUGCAAUGAGAUAAAAGCUCUUAUUCGUGCCGAUCCUUCUUUGAAAAUCCGUGUUAUUGUGCAAGCGGUGAAAGACAAGUUUAAGUAUACCAUCAAUUACAAGAGAGCUUGGUCAGCGAAACAAAAGGAUAUUGCAAACAUUUUUGGUGAUUGGGAGCAAUCUUACGAAGAGUUGCCUAGGUACAUGCAAGCAUUGAAAGAGUCUAAUCCAGGAACCGUCAUGGAAUGGUGUACCUUGGCUUCUAAUGAAGAUCCUUCCGUUCACAUUUUUUUGAGAGUGUUUUGGGCAUUCAAGCCUUCCAUCGAUGGUUUUACGCACUGUCGACCCCUAAUCACCAUAGAUGGAACUCAUUUGUAUGGUAAGUACAAGGGCACAUAG